AUGGCCUCCAUCCCGCAACCGCCGCCGGUGAUCGGCAAGUCGGGCAACCUCACGGUGUUCGUCACGCCACCGGCGGAGCCGGAGAGCCCGAGGUCCGAGUUCUCUACGCCCCCGACGAGUCCCCGCGCCGAGGACUCCCCUGAAUCGCCGCCGGCGCAGACGGCCCCUCCGCCCGCACCUGUUUAUUCGGUCUCCACGCCGCCGCUUGUCAAGACGGUCUCUCCGCCGCUUCCCGCGGAGAAGCUCUCCCGACCCUCGCUGCUCCAGGUACCGCCGCCGCUUGUCAAGACGGUCUCUCCACCGCUUCUCGCGGAGAAGCUCUCCCGACCCCCGCUGGUCCAGGUAACGCCGCCGCCCGUAAAGUCGGUCUCAACGCCGCUGCAGGCACCAAAGCUCUCUUCCCGCUCCUUGCCACCGGUCCAGGUGCCGCCGUUGCAGUUCGCGAAAGCGUCGGAAGGGUCGGACGGAUCGCUGCUCGCGUUUUUCUGGGACGCGGUUGCACGCGUGCAAGAAGCACACGCGAGUUUGGACGAGCACAUCUCGAGAUGGUUCGGGCUGGACCAGUCCAAGUACCAGUGGGCGCUCAACGACUAUUAUGAGAGGACUGGACAGGAGAUAGAUUUGAGCGACGCUGGCACUUGUAAGGAGGACAGUUGUAAAAAUUCAGAAAGCAUGAAAAAGUGA